UCAAUUCAUUGAAGGCCCAUGUACUUUCAAGACAUGGAAGUUGUUCAAUGAAAUGAAACAUGAUGCUUAUUUGAUUUAGACUUGGAGGCUGCCCAGGCAAGGAAUGGAUUGAAGGAUGCAAUAGUCUUUGACCCUUAUGAUUACAUCACAGUAUCUUUCAUCUUUUGGUGGAAGACACAGGAAUAUGAAGUCGAGCAGGCUCCAGAACACCUCAGUUUCCAAAGACUUGUAGGAGUGGGAGGAAGAAUUAGUUACCUUUACUCCUCCGCAUAUCCCAACUGGGUUUUUAAAGACACCUCAACCCAGCUUCACAAUGCAGAUAUCAACAACUGCAGGAGAAAUAAAAAAGUAAGAGAAGAGUCCUGAUGGUAUUUCCUUUCUCAGGUAACUUGAAGAUGAUGUACCUUCUGGUCAUAAGAGCAUAAGAAGAACUGUAUGGAAUCUGUCCGAAGGCCUAUCUAACUCCACAUUCUGUUUCAAACUUAACCAGAUAUCCAGCUUGUUUCCAGAAGUCUUUGUUAGAAGCAGGAAAGGUUCCUUAAUUUGGCAAGCAUGGAUCACCAUAUGAUCAGGACAAUUAUGCACAUGGCUAUGGCUCUCUUAUCUUUCUUCAUCUCAAAGUUCAGCGUGUUACCUUCACUAUUAUUCAGGAUCAUGAUCUGGACUAAGCGUCUGAAAAUGGGUGUGAAAGUGAAAUACCUCAAUAAUGAGGGAUACCAAUUCAGCUAUUUCACCCGAGGGGAACCCGGAUCCCGACCAACUGUGCUGAUGCUUCAUGGAUUCUCACUCAACAAAGACAUGUGGUUAAAUACCAUCGAAGUCUUUCCUAAGGACCUCCACUUGGUCUGCCUUGAUCUGCCAGGUCACGGGGGAACCACUCGCUUGCUCGGAGAAAGUUAUACAGCAGUUGCUCAAGCUAAAAGGAUACACCAGUUUGUCCAGUGUGCUGGCCUGAACCACAAGCCUUUCCACCUGAUUGGCAUGUCCAUGGGAGGCAUGGUUGCUGGGGUUUAUGCCGCUCUCUAUCCAGCCCACGUCUCCUCUUUAGCGCUCCUCUGCCCAGCUGGUGUGAGGUAUUUAACUGACAGUGAAUUUUUUGCCCGAUUACGAGAGCUGAUUUUCUCUAAGGGCUCUGUGGAGAAUGCUAUUAUCCCAGUUACAGAAGAGCAGAUGGAAAACUUCAUAAAGCUCUGCUUAUACCAUCCCAUUUUUUUAAAGAUUCAGCUUCUAAAGGGAUAUCUUGAAGAUCGAACAUCACACAAGUCAGUUUUUGUAAAAUGUUUUCUGGACCUCACCAGCGGUGAAUCGAGGUAUAGCCUCCAUGAGAACAUGAGGAAAAUCAGAGCUCCCACCCAGAUCAUUUGGGGAAAGGACGACAAGGUCUUUGAUUCUUCAGGUGCAGCAGUUCUGGAGGCUGCCAUUCCUAAUUCCCAAGUGCACUGGCUGGAAAAAUGUGGACACUUCAUAACCCUCGAGAGGCCCAGGACAUCUGCAAGGCUCCUCUUGGAAUUCUACAAAUCGGUCUGUGACUCAGCCGGGCAGAAGAAGGUGGCCUGAGGCUCAGGAAGUGGAGCUCCACCUCCAGACCCAUAUUGACUUCUCUGGCUGGUACAAUGGGAGCUACAACUCAACAUAUUUAAUAGGCAACAAAAGAGGUGGGGACCUAGAGAGAACAAAGCUUUGCAUCACCAUUCCAGAAAGACUAAUUGAGAAUCGAUCCAUCUUUUCUAACAAAGCUUACAGUACAACAGUCUGUUUAUAGUGAUUAGAUAGAGUGGAAUGUCACUCUAUGGAAACACUACAAUAUGCUCCAGAGUGGCAAUAUCACAAGGUAGCGAAUUGUCCUUGUGUCCUGCUUUUGAAUUUGAGAGAUACACCGAGCAUCACAAUGUUUGGUAGAAUUAUAUCCCACCUUUCCUUGAAGAACACAAGCCUGCAUUACUGCCUUGACAUCAGAGGUCUCCAACCUUGACAACUUUAAGACUUGUGGACUUCAACUGCACAGCAAAGCUGGCUGAGGAACUCUGGGAGUUGAAGUCCACCAGUCUUAAAGUUGCCAAGGUUGGAGACCCCUGCUUCACAUUUUGACUGGCCCAAGAUCAUCAUCCCAUGACCUUUUAUGGUUGAGGGAAGAUUGGAAUCUGGAUGUCUUCAAUUCUAGGCCAACACUAUGCCAUGUAGGUCCUGUUCACCUUACAACCACAACUGGGACCAGAAUUUCCAUUGCCGAGCAAGGCAGUUAUGAGUUGUGCCCAAUUUUACAACCUUUCUUGGCCAUGCUGGUUGAGUGCAGUUUUUAUCUGAAUCAUGUGCUCAUUAAGUGAAUCCAGCUUCCCCCAUUGACUUUGCUUAUUGGAAACUGGCUGGGAAGGUCACUAAUUACUUGACCCCGGCAUGCUGCAAAGUCGUAAAUACAGGUUGGUUGCCAAAACACCUGAAUUUUUUUGAUUGUAUGGCCGUGAGGAUGCUGUGACAGUCACAAGCCAUUUUCUUUAAGUGUUGUAACUUCCAACGGUCACUAAAUGAAUGGUUGUAAGUCGAGGACUACCUGUUCUGGCUCAGUGCAAGCAAGCAAUUCUUGAGCUUUAAAUAGGCUUGAAUACUGAGCACCAUUUCGUAUGAAUGCUGCAACAUCACGGGGAAAGAAUACACCCUCUGAAUCAUGCUUUUCCUUUACAAAGAACUCAGUUCCUAGCAAAGGAGGUUUUGCAAUGUAGUAGGAAAAAUGGCAUUGCUGAAGGCAAGUAAAUUACUCUCUCUCUCCCUCCAAAUCUCCUUUGCCAUAGACUUGACAAACAGUAAACCUGUCAGCUCAACUAUAAAACAUUAAGAAUGCCAAGGAAUGUUGAUAAAGGUGCAAAAAAUUACAAGGAGUUAAUAGAACCCCACAACUGACCAGACUAUACCAGACUUGGACGAGGGAAUAAAUGGGGAACUCAUCAAAUUUUCAGAUGACACCAAGCUGGCAGGAGUAGCCAACACUCCAGAAGAUAGGCUCAAGUUACAGAAAGAUCUUGACAGACUUGAACAUUGGGCACUAUUUAACAAAAUGAAAUUCAACAGUGAAAAAAGUAAAGUUCUACAUUUAGGCCAAAAAACCCGAAAUGCACAGGUACCGUAUAUGUGGCACCUUGCUCAAUAGUAGUAACUGUGAGAGGGAUCUUGGAGUCCUAGUGGACAAUCACUUAAAUAUGAGCCAGCAGUGUGCAGCAGCUGCCAAAAAAGCCAACACAGUUCUGGGCUGCAUAAACAGAGGGAUAGAAUCAAGAUCACGUGAAGUGUUAAUACCACUUUAUAAUGCCUUGGUAAGGCCACACUUGGAAUAUUGCAUUCAGUUUUGGUCGCCAUGAUGUAAAAAAGAUGUUGAGACUCUAGAAAGAGUGCAGAGAAGAGCAACAAAGAUGAUUAAGGCCUGGAGGUUAAAACAUAUGAAGAACGGUUGCAAGAACUGGGUAUGUCUAGUUUAAUGAAAAGAAGGACUAGGGGAGACAUGAUAGCAGUGUUCCAAUAUCUCAGGGGUUGCCACAAAGAAGAGGGAAUCAAACUAUUCUCCAAAGCACCUGAGGGUAGAACAAGAAGCAAUGGGUGGAAAUUAAUCAAGGAGAGAUGCAACUUAGAACUAAGGAGAAAUUUCCUGACAGUUAGAACAAUUAAUCAGUGGAACAACUUGCCUGCAGAAGUUGUAAAUGCUCCAACACUGGAAAUUUUUAAGAAAAUGUUGGAUAACCAUUUGUCUGAAAUGGUGUAGGGUUUCCUGCCUGGGCAGGGCAUCGGACUAGAAGACCUCCAAGGUCCCUUCCAACUUUGUUGUUGUUGUUGUUGUUGUCAUUAUUAUUGUUGUUGUUAUUGUUAUUAUUAUAUUCUGCUAUAUUCAAAUUCUUGGUUGAUAUAUCCAAUGACAUGGUCAUUCUAAUUCAGGGGUGUCAAACUUAAGGCCCAGGGGCCGGAUACGGCUCGCGGGGUGCUUAGAUGUGGUCUGUGAGGCUGCCCUGGAAACAGUGAAGGACUGGCCCGGAGUGCCUCUGCCAGUGAAAAUGGAGCUUGAGAGGGCUGUGUGUGGCCCUCCCAAGCUCAGUUUCUCCUGGGAGAGGGUUGUAGCCGAAAUGGAGCUUGGGAGCCUGUUUUUGCUGGCAGAGCACUCGGGCCACUACAGACGGUCCCGACACGAGUGAUGUCAAGCUGGCCACGCCCACCCUGGCCAUGCUCACCCAGCCCCCCAAGAUCAAACCCAACCCUGAUGCGGCCCUCAAUGAAAUCGAGUUUGACACCCCUGUUCUAAUUUGCAUAAUUCUCUAUUAUGAGAUUGCAAGCCCACCCUUUUAAUUCACUACCGUAAUAAUAAAUUAUGUUUCAAUGAAUUUUCA